AUGCCCCUCAAAGAUCUACUCAAGAAGCGAUUCACGUCGGCGAUACAAUCUAUACCGCCCCCCGCAUGGAAGAUCCUAAUCACGGAUGAUCAUUCUCAAGCUUUAUUAGACACAGUAUACAAGAACUUUGAUAUAUUACAACAAAAUGUAACGUCUGUUGAACCACUACAUUCUCCUCGACCACCGAUGUCAGUAGACGCUAUAUACCUCUUGACACCAACAGCUCAAAAUGUAGAUCGUAUAUUGGCGGAUUUCAACGGUAGAAGGACAUACAAAUCUGCUCAUUUAUAUUUCAUAGAUGGUAUCGACGAUAGGUUAGCUCAAAAGCUUACAGAUGGAUUACAAGGCGGUGUAUUACAAGCUUUCGUAGAGUUGUAUUGCAAUGUUUGGGCCAUUGAAGAUCGUGUGUUCUCACUCAAGAAUCCGGGAGCGUUCUUUACGAUGUUUGGACCUUUAGGAGGUGCCGCUUCGGCUGAUUUGGCGUCAGAGGCUUUCGAAGACGAUGUUCAGAUCGCAGGACGAUCCAUACUCAACUUUCUGGCUACGGUAGAUGAAUCACCGCUUAUUAGAUAUUAUCAACCUUAUCACCAUCCACCUUUAGGACCUUUAGCUCAACAAGCACCAUCUUCAGCUCCCGUUCAGCAACAGGCACCUCAAUCACUGAGAUGGAGAUCAGCAAUGGGUGGAUCAGGACCAAAGACGCCUGAAAUAGUAGGCGACCAUUUGAGCAAAAAGAUCGCAACUCAAGUACAGUUUGAUCUAGAUGAGUACCUACAGAAUAAUCCUGAGUUUCCCCCUGCAAAUGGAAGACCAAAAGGUGUCCUAUUCGUUGUGGAUAGAUCGAUGGACCCUGCUGCUCCCCUACUACAUGAAUUCUGGUAUCAAGCCAUGGUGAAUGAUUUGCUCAAGAUAGAUGAUGGUGUGAAGUAUAGAUACAAGUAUACCAAUACCGUCGGAGGAACAGAAGACAAAGUUGCUGUGCUGACAGAAGCCGACCCUGUUUGGGUUUCUGUUCGACAUCUGCACAUGAAAGAUGCUAUAGAUACUUUGAUGACGGAUUUUGGCAAGUUCGCACAAGAGCAUGCUGGCUUUAGAGGUGGUGGAAACGUCAAUAUGAACGAUCUUAAAGAUAUGUUGGCUUCUUUACCACAAUUUCAAACUCAACGAGAACAGUUUUCGCUCCAUUUAGAAAUGGCUCAAGAAUGUAUGUCUCUAUUUGAGAAGAAGAAGUUGUCUCUUGUAGCGAAUGUGGAGCAAUGUUGUGCGACAGGAUACACUUCGGAAGGAAAGACACCGAAGACUUUGGUAGAAGAGAUGGUUCCCUUACUGGACGAUCGAGUAAAUAUAACUUCACUUGACAAGGUUCGGAUUAUGGCUUUGUACAUCCUUUUCAGAGAUGGAGUGGCAGAUGAGGAUAGGAGAAGGUUAUAUCAACAUGCUAGAUUAUCGAUAUCGGAGCAGGAUAUGGUUAACAACCUUAUUCAUCUGGGUGCUAAGGUGAUCAAGGACUCGAGUCGAUCGUCCAAAUCGCGGAUCAAGCAGAAACCCACUAAUCAAGAGGGAGAGUAUGAAUUGUCCCGUUAUAAGCCAAUCGUGCAGAUGGUACUAGAGGACCAAUCCGCUUCUCGUCUGGAUCAAACCAAUUUCCCUUAUCUUCGAGAUGCACCAGUAGAAGCGAAUACAUCAUUAAGAGCUGGAAAUUCACUUGCUGCGCCUUCACAAUCUGGAUCACUGAGAUCAGCGAGACCAACAUGGCAUAAAGCUCCUUCGGCAAGAAUGAACAACACAGAAGGUAAACAGAGAUUGAUCAUUUUUAUCGCUGGAGGAAUGACAUACAGUGAAAUGAGAUGUGCAUAUACGGUCGGCCAAGCAUUAGGCAAGGAUGUGUACAUCGGCUCGACACAUGUAUUGACUCCUGAGAUAUUCACUCAACAGAUGAGAGCGUUAGGUCGAGGAGGUAUAGGCGCCAAUCCCCCAGGAGGAUUCCAACCUCAUCCUCAAGGACCGAAUAGACCGAAUAGAGCACCCGGGCAACCAACCUCAUAUCAAAAUAUACUUGAUUUCAGACAUUGGACAACUCCAGUUGGACCACCAAUAAUACCUCCUCCACAACAACCGAAUGUGCAGCAUCUUCAACAACAGCAACCUAAAUUACAGCAUCAGAAUUCAUAUGCCGGUUCAUUGAAUGAAUCCAUGAAUGGCUUAUCAUUAGCUGGUAAGGAGGAAAAGAAGAAGAAGAAGAAAUUGUUUGGAUUGAAGAUUUAA